AUAUUUUGUGUUUUGCUCAGAUCUUCUUAACGUUUGUCUACAUUCGCAUUUAUUGCCUUUGGUCAUUAUUGUAAUUCAUUUAAUUUCAAACACAUUUCGAAUAAGUUUGCAUUUUCCGCGCAAUUUUAUACAUUUACCAAAUUUUUUUUAACACAAAACGAUUUCAGCUGUUUGCAAAAAUAACUGGACAUAUUAGAAACCACACGGCAAGAAUUUACAUUACAUAGAGUAAAAGGACAUGUCGUUCCAUCUGAGCACAAAGGAGCGUCUAUUGCUUUUGUUAGAUGAUAUUGAAUUGGUGGCAAAAGAACUAAUUGAAAAUACUGUUGCGCCAAAGCAUCAGAAAAUUUCCACUGCGGACCAUACCGCUCUUGUGGAUUUGCUGGUGUCUAAAGAUGAAGAAUUCAGGAAAAUGCUUGAAUUGGCCGACGAACAGGCUAAAAUUGAACAGAAAAUGGACGAAUUACGCGCUAAAGUUGAAGUGCAUGAUCGUGAAAUACAAAAGUUGCAAAAAUCAUUGAAGGAAGCAGAACUUAUACUUUCAACAGCAAUUUUUCAAGCACGCCAAAAGCUAGCCAGCAUUAAUCAGGCGAAAAAGCGACCGGUAUCGUCAGAAGAACUUAUUAAAUAUGCACAUCGUAUUAGUGCAGCAAAUGCAGUAAGUGCACCGCUUACUUGGUGCAUCGGCGAUGUGCGACGCCCCUAUCCUACCGAUAUUGAAAUGCGCAAUGGCUUUCUGGGUAAAUCAGAUUUAAAUAUAAAUGGUGGUGGUGUGGCACACCAAAAUAAUGUACCGGAUGCGCAACGCAGCAUGACGGAAGUACCCAAUGCCUUUCAAAAUCAAUUCAAUUGGAAUAAUCUGGGUGAAUUACAUAUGUCUAUGGGAUCUACUGGUAAUUCUGUUGCUUUGGAGACACGUGCACACAAAGAGGCAUCUCAAGAUGAUGUCGAGGUCAUGUCGACGGACAGUUCUAGCUCGAGCUCCAGCGACUCACAAUAAAUUAAUUCAAAUAAAUAUUUUUUAAAUUAAUAAAUAGUUACAAUCCCUUUUAUAUAAAACAAA